AUGUUCUUGGCAAGCUCUGCUUUGGGAAGUGAAACCAAUGCUGAUGACGGCGCUCGGUCCAUCCAGCUUAGCUGGGAUGAACACAAGGUGCGGGGUCGCGUUCCAAACACUGUUUAUUUAUUAGCCACACCAAAUGGUGCCGCUGAACCGAGUUUUGAAGAAGAGGCUGAAUUCUCGGUUGGAUCAAUCACUUUUGACGGGCUACAACCCGACACUCAGUACUCCGUGCUUCUGACAUCAUCUAUCGGUGCAUAUGAAUUAAUGGAGCACCGCACUGCAAUCAAAAUGCUAAGGGAUGGUGAGUCGCAAUUGCUUGUUUCCCCACGUCAAGAUCCUAAUCUCUCUUUCCGCACCGUUAAGCUUUACGAUUGGCGCUAG